GCAUCGAGGAGAAUGGAGACCAAACCUGUGAUAACCUGUCUCAAAACCCUCCUCAUCAUCUACUCCUUCGUCUUCUGGCCUUGCCAACUGAGGAUUAGAAGAAGCUGGUUUUUCCCUCAUUUACAUAACAAGCAAUAUGGUGUCAGAGACAAAAUCAAAGAUCUGAGGUCAGAAGAGCCAAAUUCUCAUCUAGCUUUUCUACAACCUUGGAUGAUCACUGGGGUGAUCCUGCUGGCCGUUGGAGUCUGGGGCAAACUCACUCUGGGCACCUAUAUUUCCCUUAUUGCCGAGAACUCCACAAAUGCUCCCUAUGUGCUCAUCGGAACUGGCACCACUAUUGUCGUGUUUGGCCUGUUUGGAUGCUUUGCCACAUGCCGUGGUAGCCCAUGGAUGCUGAAACUGUAUGCCAUGUUUCUGUCUCUGGUGUUCCUGGCUGAACUCGUGGCUGGCAUUUCUGGGUUUGUGUUUCGUCACGAGAUCAAGGACACCUUCCUGAGGACUUACACUGAUGCCAUGCAGAAUUACAAUGGCAACGACGAGAGGAGCCGGGCGGUGGAUCACGUGCAGCGCAGCCUGAGCUGCUGCGGGGUGCAGAACUACACCAACUGGAGCACCAGCCCCUACUUUCUGGAGCACGGCAUCCCCCCAAGUUGCUGCAUGAACGACACCGAUUGUAAUCCCCAGGAUCUGCACAACCUGACCGUGGCCGCCACUAAAGUGAACCAGAAGGGUUGUUAUGAUCUGGUGACCAGUUUCAUGGAGACCAACAUGGGAAUCAUCGCUGGAGUGGCUUUUGGGAUCGCAUUCUCCCAGCUGAUCGGCAUGCUGCUGGCCUGCUGUCUGUCUCGGUUCAUCACGGCCAACCAGUAUGAGAUGGUGUAAGAAGUCUUUCAAGAACGAUGGAAGAAGAGACCUGUUUUCGAAAGGAACUGCAGCAAUCUUUGAAAGACUUCCAAAGAAUAUUAGAGCACAGUACAUAAUACACCUGUCCUAACACCCUCACCCCGUGCAACUGACACUCCCACACAGUCUCUGCUCCACCUUUGAGCCUGCAUCAUGCGUAGCAUCCCAUCUUGUGAAGCCCUGUUGUGCCAGAGUGUAGCCAGGUUCCCUGCAUCUAGUCCUAGGGGACCCCACCCAAGGCUCUGUGUGUGCCACCUCCUCCAUCUGUACUUGGUCCAACUGCAGCUCA